AUGUCUGAUGAUACUUCGGACGAUGAAGAAAUGAAUUGUGACGUGGAACCGAGUUGUUCUGGGGAAUUGCAAAAUGAAGAAAUGAAAGAUGAACCCAAAAAAGAGAAACGAAAAUAUAAAUGUCCGAAUUGCGAUUAUAUGGCAACAUUUCCGAAUAAGUUGAGAAUUCAUGUGAAUGUUCGACAUCCAAGUGAGAUUUUCUUUGAAUUUGUUUCCAGCCGGUUUAGUUUCUGUUUUCAGGCGAACUUCGAUUUAGUUGUAAAUCUUGUGAUAUGAGAUUUGAAGAAUAUAUUGAAUUGAGAAAACAUCGACAAUCAAAUCAUCCAGUAAUCCAUAAAUGCAUGGAAUGUGAUUUUGAACAUAAGGUAAGUAUUUGGAGAAAAUAAACAGCAUGAAAAAAUUAUUGAUUUCAGAUAAAAGCGAAUGUUGAUAAACAUUUCAAAACAAAUCACGUGAAUGGUGUUUAUUGUUCAUUUGGUUGUGGAAAAAUGUUUGCGAAAAAUCAGAUCAAGUUUGUUUAUUUAGAUAUUCUGAAAUUAAUAUAAAUGGUGAUAUAUUUCAGAAAACAUAUCGCUAAAUUUCAUUCAACUGAUAUUGAAAUUGGAAAUAUUGCGAAAAUGAGAGAAGGAUUGACAGAACAAAUAUUGAAAUGUGAAUUAUGUGAUUAUGAAGCUGACAAAUUAUUGAAAACUGAAGAAUUGAAAAUGGAAGACCUCAAUAUUCAUAUAUCUAGGUGAGAUUUCAAAAAUUGUUAUGUAUAAACUGAAACAAAAAAUAUUUCAGAAUACAUGGAAAUGGAACAAAAUGCCCAUUUGAAUGUGGAAAGUCUUACAAAGUUGAUGAUUUGAUAAAUCAUAUUCAAACUGAACAUGAACAAGAAUCUGAUGAAACUGAAAAAAUAAGAAAUGAGGAUACUGUAUCAACCUGUAUUGAUGUUAGAAUUGAUGAAGAUGGUGGGUUUUUCUUUAAAAAAAUAUUCUGAAAAUAACAAACUUUUUUCAGAAAAUGAUAUAUCUGACAGCGAAAAUGAAGAAGACAAUGAAAAAGGUUAUACAGUUGAUAAUAAAUGUUCAAAAUGUUCGAAAAUAUUCAAUUGUUCACAAAGUUUGAAGCGACACAUCAAAUCCGUGAGUUUAUCAUAUUUCUAAUUUUUAUAUCCGAUUUUUAUUCAAGGUGCAUGAUAAAAUGUAUUCGAAAAGCAAACAAGUUUUAUGGAAAGAAUGUGAUUUUGUUGAAAACGGGAAAAAGUGUGAAAAACGAUUCAAAUGUCAAAGUUUGCUUGAUGAUCAUCUUAAUAAACAUAGAAGUAAGUUUUCUUAUACUGAUUCCCUGAAAAAUUCAAAAAAUCCGAAAUUUUUAGAUAUUUUCCCGUAUAAAUGUCAAAAUUGUGAUCAGAAAUUCAAUGCUCGUUCUCGUUUCGCUGUUCAUCUCUCAAAAUAUCACAAAACUAGUAUAAAAGACUAUACAUUAUUGAUUAACUCGGUGUUUAGAAAAUAG